AUGCAGGGAAGCCUUUCCCCGACAGAACACGUGUCAACUGCAAGCAGAUUGCGAUCUUACAGAAAACCUUCACGCGUUUUCCCAGAGUACACCUUAGCUGUUCGUCAUGGAGAAUGCCAACAGGGAUUCCCAAAUCGGUAUGCAGUUACCCAACCGUCACCUGGAGAAUAUGACCAAUGACAACCUGUACCAUUUCGCCAUGAGUAGGACGUCACAUGACCUACCUGCCUUAUUUAGAGACGUCAAGUUCGUGUGUCUCGGAGGUUCUGCACGACGUAUGGAAAACUUCGCGCAUUACAUCGGUCAGGAGCUGGGUGUUUUAUCGCCGAACGAGAAACUCCCAAACCUAGCCAGUAACAGUGACAGAUUUGUGCUGUACAAGGCUGGACCCGUUCUCUCUGCCAAUCACGGUAUCGGUGUGCCGUCCAUGCUGGUGGCCCUGCACGAAAUACUCAAGAUGCUUCACUAUGCCGGAAGUAACGACGUCACCUUCAUCCGGAUUGGUACAUGCGGCGGAAUCGGUGUUCCUCCUGGCUCUGUGGUCGUCAGUAACUCUGCUGUCAACGGGAAGAUGGAGCACACCUACGAAACAGUGGUGUUGGGCAAGGGCAUCCAGAGACCAAUCAUUGUGGACCAGGAACUUGCCAGCGAGAUACAUUCCUGCUCAAGAACUGAAGACCCGUUCAACAUUAUCUUGGGAAAGACUUAUUGUACAGAUGAUUUCUUUGAAGGUCAGGCGCGAACAGGUGGCGCUGUGUGUGACAUCAACGAGGGGGACGAACGCCGGUUCCUGAAGCAACUGGACUCGGAAGGUGUGAAGAACAUUGAAAUGGAGUCGGCUGGGUUCUUCGCUCUCUGCCAUAAAGCUGGCGUUAAAUGCGGCGUGGUGUGCGUGACCUUCAUCGACAGAUUGUCGACGGAGGACGUUCCCACGGACACCGACAUACUGAGCGAGUGGACCCAACGGCCUCAGAUUCUGGUCGCACGGUUCAUCAAGAAACGACUUGCAAAUGGGGUGUAGCUUGAAUGCUACAACUGACGUUUCAAGGAACCUUUAGCUGCAUCCGCAUCUGAAUACGGGAUAUAAAGUGAUCAUUAUCGUGCAGUAUAUCCUUCAAAGGGUCAUUGUCGUGCAGUAUAUCCUUCAAAGGGACUUAAAUUAGCACAAGCAUACACGACGGAGCCAAAUCCGGAGCUUGAAGAGUAUAGCUCAAUCACCAUUUAGAUUCCAGUCAGACGUCCAAGAUGGCUUUAUGAAAACACCACUUACAAUCUAAGUGCACGCUUAGUUCCAUCAACAUCAUCCCCGGUGAAACCAGUGAACCGAAGAAGCUCAAUGAUAACCUUUUCAUACCUGCACAUGAUGACAUCUGAAUUUCUUCAAGAAAUUCAAAUUCGAUUAUUGCCUCCACAGCCGAUGUACUAGAAAUUAUGUUGCCAUUACUCAGCCUCUUUUGUUUGAAAUCUAAUGGAACUUUCAAUCAAUCCUUAUUUCUGUACUUAAAAAGGCCACAGGCCUGUAGUACAUUUAGAGUUUACAUGAGUAGAUAGAAAUCAUUUAUAAAUUCUUUUCUGUAACAAUACUUUUUCUUAAUCUC